UGUGAUGCUUUAGUUAGUGAACGUUAAUUAACGAUGCGCUAAAAAACGAGUGAUUUUUUUCUUCGGUCGGUAUUUUAGAUUCUGAGACACGAAAUCCCAUUUUAUGUCUGAUCUAUUCUAUCUUUAGUCAGUGGUAUAAAAUGAUUAAACAACUAUUUUCAUAGUUGUGACUUGCUUGACUAACCUUAUGUGUGGUUAAGUUCCUUCAAAAUAUUUUACAGUGAAUUGAUGAAAACAGUGAAGACAUUAAGUUAUAUACAUAUAUUUAACUAUAAUAUAUUUAUGAAAUUACAUUUUUUAUUAAUUAAAAAUAUUUUUUGUGGUUCUAUGUAUUAAAUAUGAGUAAUAUAAAAUCGAAAAAUUUUACGUAUAAAAACAAAUGGUAUCCCCGUAAGAAGUCAUCAAAAUCUUACAAUCAGAAGAAUAAUCAAUGCAAUGAAAAGAUACGUCAACCUUUAGACCCUAUUGAAACAUAUAAUUUAUUAAAUGUACAUAAUAAUUAUAUAAAUUUCAAUAUUCCUUACUAUGGAUGGAAACUAUUCUUUGAUGAUGAAGAUUAUAAAAAUGAUUCUGAUACUGUUAAAAAAAUUCAAAUAAUAAUAAGUUUUAUACAUAGAUAUCAGCGAUUAUCAAUGCUACUUUCGUUAGAAAAUUUAGAAAAUGGGAUAGUUUUUAUUAUUGACAUGUAUGAAUUAUACAAUGAUCAAAUUUUUUUGAACGAAUGGCCAAAUUUUAAAAAAGAUAUAUAUGAAAAUCCAUUGCAUACUUUAAAUUGUUUUAAAUUAGCUGUGCACCAGCAAAUCUUAAAUUCAGUUCCACAAGAAAAUUUAAACUCUAUAAAUAUAAUAACUACACUCUCUACUGUUAGAAUAAAAAUAUUAAAUUAUGAACCAAUUAUAUCUUUGCAAGACUUGAAAGCAAAUUCUUAUGGAAGAUUAGUAUCGAUUAAAGGCUGUGUAAUAAGAGUAGGUCAUAUAAAACAUCUUGCACAAUGGAUUGUAUUUGCUUGUCGUAAAUGUAAUUUACAGAAAAUAAUGAAACAAUCAUUAGGAGUUUACACAAUUCCAAAAAAAUGUGAUAUAUGUGGUACAUCUAAAUUUCGUGCAAUGUUGGAUUCACCAUUGGUGAAAAGUAUCUUUUUCCAAACGAUUAAGAUACAAGAACAUUCAAAUAAUGAUCAGAAUAAUAAAGGAAGUAUGCCUAGAAUGGUUGAUGUUGAAUUAAUGGAUAACUUGGUCAAUACUUGCAUGCCUGGAGAUGAUAUUACUUUAACAGGAAUUAUAAAGGGUACUAAUAAUGCUAAGCCUCGAAAUAAAAUUUCAUUUUCUUUAUAUAUGGAAGCUAUUUCAAUAGUUAACAAUAAACAAAGACUUCAAAAUAAAAAUAUCAUAAAUAGUGAACUGACAAUAAAGGAUUAUUUAGCAAUAAAGGAAGUAUAUAACACACCAAAUAUUUUUUCACUUUUGGUACAUUCCUUAUGUCCAAAUAUAUAUGGGCACGAAAUUAUUAAAGCUGGAUUGAUAUUAAGCUUAUUUGGCGGAUCUGUAGAAUGUUCAGAAUCACGAGAAAAUAUUCAUAUCUUAAUAGUUGGUGAUCCUGGUCUUGGAAAGUCACAAAUGUUACAAGCCUGUGCACGAAUUGCUGCUAAAGGUGUAUAUGUGUGUGGAAAUUCAAGUACAUCCUCUGGUUUGACAAUAACGCUAGCAAAAGAAAAUAAAAAUAAUAAUUUUAGUUUAGAACCAGGAGCAUUAGUUUUGACAGAUAGAGGUUGCUGUUGCAUAGAUGAAUUUGAUAAAAUGUACAAACAACAUGCGGUUUUAUUAGAAGCUAUGGAACAACAAAGCAUAAGCAUUGCAAAAUCAGGAAUAAUAUGUUCUCUUCCUACUAGAGCAUCAAUUCUUGCAGCUGCUAAUCCAAUUAAUGGUCGAUUUAAUAGAAGUAAAACAGUAAUUCAGAACUUAAAAAUGAGCAUUCCUCUGUUGUCACGUUUUGAUUUAACAUUUUUAUUACUAGAUGAACCAAAUGAGCAUAUAGAUGAUUUAUUAUGUAAACAUGUUAUGUCAGUUCAUGCUGAUUUAAACGCAACUGACAGUAUUCAAAGUAGUAUGUCUCAACAUAUGAAUGUACCACAUACAGAUAAACUUUCAUUAAGGAACAGACUGACAUCUUCCAUAACAGAAAAUAUGAAUAUCAUUCCACAAUCAAUUCUCAGAAAGUAUAUUUCGUAUGCCCGACAAUAUGUUAAGCCAAAAUUAACUAAAGAAGCAGCUAUAAUAUUACAAAAUUAUUAUUUAGAACUUCGAAAAAGGAAUAAUAAAUUUAGUGGUUUAUCUAUCUGUAAUAGACAAUUAGAAGCAAUGAUACGAUUAACAGAGGCUAGAGCAAAAUUGGAAUUACGUACAGAGACAACAGAAAAAGAUGCUUUGGAUGUAAUAGAAAUUUUACAAUAUACAUUUGAAGAUAAAAUUACAAAUUGUCAAUCCUUAAGUACAAAGAAUGUAACUAAUGGAAGAGUUAAAGAAUUUAUAAAAAUAUUAAAGAAAGAAACAGUUUCUAACAGCAAUAAAAUAUUUUCCAUGAAAAGAUUAAAUGAAAUCGCACUGGACAAUAAAUUUUUAAUGAGUAAUUUUCCUGAAUUUAUUGCGAAAUUAAAUGAAAAUGGCAUUUUGCUGAAGAUGGAUAGUAAUACGUUUAAAUUUAUUCCAUAAUAAUUAUAUAAUUAUAUGAAAUUAACUAUAUACAUAUUUAUUAUAUUAUGUUCCUAAAAGCUUAAAUAAUUUAUUCUGUUAAUUU